AUGGCUUCCUACGGCUUACAAUCCUGCAGUCUGUUGAUGCCAAUGUGAAUAGUGUGUUAAGGCCCGGCUCAUUUCCUCCACUCACAGUGUGAAUGAGGCACCAAGCCCUUUCUCCUUUUCGGAAACACCAGUUUGUCAUUUGUGGGAUGGGCUGCCCUUGGUGACCAGCCCGAGGACUUACACUGAGCUUUCUUUACCCCGGUUCCUGGACAUGAGUGUUGGAGCCUCGAACAAGAUCUUCCCCCAGGGAGAUGCUGAGAUCAACUCUGCUGCUGGAGGGAAAGGCCACCCUGGAGGGGAAGGCUGUGGCCCCUUCUGCUGCUCACGCCGUGGGGUCUGCCUCUCGGCCUUACUGCUGCUACUGAUGGCCAUGCUUGCUGCCUUGCUCAUCGUGGCCACCAUCCUUGGACGUCCACCCCACGGACCAGAGACCCAGUCCUGUGUGACGUUGACCAACAGGACGGGCUUCCUAUGCCAUGACCGAAGGCAUUGCAUCCCAGCCCACGGGGUGUGUGAUGGCGUUCGCACCUGUCCCCACGGUGAGGAUGAGGAUGAAAGCUUGUGCCGAGAUGUGCCCCGGAGCCUCCCCAGCUUUCUCCUGGCCCACUGUGGAGACUCAGCCUCCUGGAUCUACUCAGAUCAGAGAUGUGAUAGAAUUAACAACUGUGGGGACUGCUCAGACGAACUGAGCCCAGUAACCGCGUGUUCGCCUUGUGGCCCCGGGUGGUGGCGCUGCACUCCGACUGUCUUCAAGUACUGCAGCUGUAUCCCCAGGGUUCUGUGCCGGGACCAUGUGCAGCACUGCUCUGAUUGGUCAGACGAGUACGCCUGUUCUGGUCCCUGAGAGAGCCUCCCUCCGCAGCGUGGAAGCUGGCACCAGGAACCUUACACCAGAGCGUCAAACCCUAGACUACAAGGGCGGGAAGGAGCCUUUGACGUCAUCCAGCGACAUCUCCCCAUUGUCUCUAAACAGGAAUUAGCUUUCUCGUUUCUAGUGUCUCAGCCUCUACUUAAGCACCUCCACUAACAAGGAGCUCACUUCUGUGUUAGAAAGCUUCUAACAAUGAGGUGAGUCUGCCUCCAUCAUUUUAUGCUCCUUGGCUCCAGGGCAGGCCUGAAGGUCCCAGUCUUAUCACCGUUUGCUGAGACAGACAGAUAAAUGAGUGACUUAAAUGUCAUGACUUAAAUGUCACACAGAGGCGUAUAGCCCCCAAUGGAUAGAAAAUGAAGUACACACACUUACCAUUCAUUCGGUGCCUGAGGCAGAACCACUGAGCUCAGAGGCCACUGUAGCAUGUUGCUCAACUCACCAGCAGCCCCCGACUGAUCAUAUGGGACUGUACAUGGUAUUCUUCUAGUUCCCCAGUCUCCUGGAGGCUUGUGACUGCAGAAUGGGAGGCCUGGAGAGGGGAUCCGUGCCUUCAGCCUUGGCCCCACUGCACCCCGUGCUCUCCUGUGGGUUUAUAUUUUGGUCCUGAAGCCAGAGUAAGCCAUCCCCCUGCAUUCCUUCUAGCUUCAUAGCGCCUAGGCAGGCAAGGAUGGAUGUACUCAUUAGACAGAUAAGGAAAUUGAGGCCCAGGGAAUGACUUGCCCAGGAUGGACACUGGACCUGGGACUUAAAGUCAGUCUGUGGAACUCUAACCUUAGGGCCUUUCCCACUGUUAGACAAUAUAGCCACACAUUGUGCACAGGGGAUGGGUCUUAAAGAGGUAGCUUGACUGGGCGGUAGUGGUGCGUGUUUUUAAUCCUAGUACUCGGGAGGCACAGGCAGGUGGGUGGAUCUCUAUGAGUUCGAGGGGCCAGUCUGGUCUACAGAAUGAGAUUCAGGACAGCUAGAGCUAUUACACAGAGAAACACUGUCUCAAAAAACCAUUAAAAAAAAAAAAGAAGGAGGUAGUUUGAGGGAUCAAAAGUAACUAGUCCUAGUCCUGAAAGAGAGACUUGGGAUCUGGCUAUGGAAGGCCCCUGUUGGAAGACACAGAGGUAGCCUGCUAGAAGUUAAUAAAACCGAUGCUCUAUGCUA